GGGUGCAGACACAAUCCUCCUCCAGGGGCCCCACAAGUACUCACUCUACCCCUCCCUCCAGAGCUCAGAGCCCCGCUCUGUUCUGGACAUCUCUGGGGCUUGGCGGUGGGGGAGGUCAGGUUCAAGGUGGGAUGCAAUAGGUCCAGAGUUCAGUGUUUCACAACAGAUAGGAGAAGCGGGAGCCUGUUCCAGGAGAAGAGGAGCCGAGGGCUCAGUCUCCCGAGACAGGCCUCCAGUCUGGGCCAAGGAAUGGUGCGCUGAGGUCCCUCGGAAGCCCCUCGUCCCAUCCUGGAGCUGGAGCAGCCCAAAGCCCAGGCCAGCAUGGCUAACCCCGGACAGCCUCAGUUUUCCGCGGCGCGGGAGCCAGGUACUGCCUCACCCCUGGACCUGCCAGAGAUGGAGAAGCUCCUUGUGCAGGUCGGGGGCCAGGAUGACAAGCCCCUGAAGCCGUCCAAGUCCCUCUCGGGGCCUCUGGACCUGGAGCAGAAUGGCCACAGCCUGCCCUUCAAGGUGAUAUCCGAGGAGCACCGGGAGGCCUUGCACCCCCUCUCAUCCUCCCGGGCCAGCUCCAGGCGGGCGUCCUCCACGGCCACCACCUCCUAUGCCCAGGACAGAGAAGUUCCCAAAGAUUAUCUCAUCCUUGCCAUCGCCUCCUGCUUCUGCCCCGUCUGGCCCCUCAACCUCAUGCCCCUCAUCUUUUCCAUCAUGUCUUGAAGUAGCGUGCAACAGGGGGACCUGGACGGGGCCCGGAGGCUGGGCCGCCUGGCUGGGACGCUCAGCAUCACCUUCAUCAUCAUGGGGAUCAUCAUCAUCAUUGUGGCCGUGACUGUCAACUUUGCAGUUCCGAAGAAAUGAAACUAACUAUGGAGCGGUGCUAGCAGAGGCGGCCCCAGCCCGCUGAAGAGCUCCACCCACACGCCUCAUGGAGGACAGGACGAUCCCGCAGCUCGAAAAGCACAAGCUUGGAGGGAAACCCCCAAGUCACCCCAUUGCUAGCCCACAUCAAAUGGCGGAAAAUGAGAGGAAGAAAAGAAAGGAAAUGGACUCUGAAACAGAUGAAUAAUGUGGUCCACUCUCCUGGGCACAUCCCGGUAUUUUAAUCCCUGGGGUUCUGGCUGGUUUCUUAUCCCCGUGGUUUCCUGGGAUUGGCCAAGCAGGCUUAUACUGCCAGAAAGAGAAGAAACCACUCCCGCCAGCGAGACCAGGGUGGGGAGAGAGUCUCUGCAUGUCUGAUGACCAAGAAGAAAAACACAGACUUUAUCGUUUCUGUUUUUCUUGAGGUGGGAUGAAAAAAAGACUGUCUGCAUGCCUUGUGCCACAUACCUGCAGCGAUCCCAGCCAGUGCCCUGAGCUCAGAGGCUGAACUGAUGCUUAGCAUCUGCCCUGGAACCCCUCGGACACAUGGGACAUGUAGCUGCCCUGGAAAGAGGCAACAGCCACCUUUAAAUCCUUCAUCACAGGAUGAGGUCACCAAGAGGAGUGUUGGUAGAGACAGAAAUGGGGACAGCAUGACCCAUGGACCUCUUCUCAAACAUUUCAGCCACAGGAGCAUCUUGGUUGAGAAGCCCGGUCCCAGAACAUCUCCCAGGAUGACCCAAGUCUGCCUCUUGUUCCCUACCUGGGUUGCAGUCUGGGGUACCAAUCAAGAACUCCUGGGGCCCUGACUCCAUCUCCAGGUUGGCUAGUGAAGAGGAACUCAGCCCUGAGCUCACAUUCAGGGACCACCUGGUUGGGGCACAAACUCAGCGUUCCAUGUGGAGGGGCUCAGGGUCUCUGUGCAAAGGGGCUGAAGGUCCUCACUCAGAGUGGCUUAGGUGGGGCAUGGCUCCCAGCUCCCACCCCAACUGCCUCUGAUGCUCUAUGCCUCACCCUGCACCCCUGACCAGCCACUAACAGCAAAGGCUUUCCCCGGAGCCAGCCCUGGGACCACUCCUGGGGGAAAUUCCUAUAGGCUCCCAGGCCCUUAGGGAUGUCUCUGCCUCCUUUAGGGAUGUGGAUCCAAGAGUUUUUAUGAAGGUUUGUUGUUUGCUGGGUCUAGAGAAUUUCAAGAGAGAGGGAAGAGACUAGCUGAAGGGUCCUGUCUUCAAAAACUUGGCUUGAGAACACACAUGCCCAGAAUCAGGGGCCUGGACACCGUGGCCUGUGUCUCAGUACAUAAUGGGACACCAGGAGGGAGUGAAGCAGGGCCCUUCAGACUUCCCCCCUGGUCUUUCCUGCUCCACUUCCCCAGCUGACUGCAGCCCCCAAGCCCUGGGUAAUGUGAUGCUCUGGGCUCCCCCCACCCCCACCCCAGGAUGCCCUGCCUAGCAGCCAGGGUUCCAGGAGGCUGGGAGGGCAGAUUGGCUCCAAGUUGGCUAGCAUCUUUUCUCUGCACCUGAUCAGCACCCUCAUGCCUCCUUUUAGGGCUCCUGCCUGUCUCCCCCACCCUGCUCAGAGGCUCCUGGGGAGGAAGACUGUUAGAGCUCUGUAUUCUGGGAGGAGCUCUGGGUCCUGGGUGCAGCUCUGAGCCUUCUAGGAGGGUGUGUGUGAUGGAGGGGAAUUGAAGGGAGGGUUCAGAGCCCAGGAGUACUGUGUAGAUCCCUCUGGGGCUGGCGUUCCU